GGCCGGGCCGGUGCUCGGCGGCGGCGGCGAUGGCGCUGGCGGGGCCGCCCCGCUCCUGCCUCCUGCUGGCGGCCGCGCUGCUGCUGCCGCUGCCCGGGGCCGCCCCGGACCCCGCCGCGCCCGCGCUCACCGACGCCGAGAUCGAGGCGUUCCUCAGGGGCUUCCUCGGGCCCGACGGGGACCGGGACGGCGACGGCGACGGGGACGGCACCGAGCCGGGCUUCGCCACCGAGCCGGGCACCGGCACCGGGCUGGGCACCGACCCCCCGGAGCGGCUGCCGGAGCCCGAGGCGCCCAAGAAGGCCCGGAAGGACAAAGCCCCCAAACCCACCAAGAAGCCCAAGGAGAGAGCGCGGGGCUCCAAGAAGGACAAGGACAGGGACAGGGACAAGGAGCGGGACAAGAGCAGGGACAAGAGCAACGACAGGGACAAGCCCCCCAAGAAGCCCAAGGAGAAGCCCCCGAAAGGCUCCGAGAAGCCCCCGAAAGGCUCCGAGAAACCCCCCAAAGGCUCUGAGAAACCCCCCAAAGGCUCCAAGAAGCCCAAGGAGAAGCCGCCCAAGGAGAAGCCGCCCAAGGAGAAGCCGCCCAAGGCCACCAAGAAGCCCUCGGGCACGAGGCCACCGGAGCUGCCGGACACCCCCUGGGAGCCCCCCGUGGCCCCGCACCCCCCACGGGGUGAGGACAGAGAGGGGACGUCCCUGUCCCCAGGGCAGCCGCGGGCCCCCGAGGAGGAGGAGGAGGAUGGCAGAGACCGAGGCGAGCUGGAGGAGCUGCCGAUGGAGCGCUGGGAGCUGGGCGGGGAGGACUGGCAGCCCGCUCCCGAGGCUGCCCCCCGCGUCCCCCCCGCAGAGGUCCCCGUGGAGCCGGAGCCACCGACGCUGGACUACAACGAGCAGCUGGAGCGGGAGGACUACGAGGACUUCGAGUACAUCCGGCGGCAGCAGAAACCCCGCAAGCCCCCGAGCAGGAAGAAACCCGUGCGAGUCUGGCCCCAGCCGGAGACGCCGCCACCCAAGCCAGAGGAACCCCCCACACCGCUGCCCGCCCCCGUGACCGAGGGGGACUACGAGGAGGGCUUCGAGCGACCCGACUACGAUGACCUGGACUACGGGCUGCCCCCACCACCCAAACCCAAGAAGCAGCUGGAGAAAGAGGAGGAGAUGGAGACGGACGAGGAGAAAUUGAAACCCUGGAAGCCCAAGAAAGGCGGCAGCAGCAAGGAGGAGGAGGAGGAGACCUGGGUGGAGGAGAAGGGCCGGGACCGCAAAGGAAAACCCAAAAAAACAGGGGGGAAGAAGUGGGAGACAGACGAGGACGAGUGGGCGCCGCCGGAGGAGAAGACAAAGUGUCCCCCCAUCGGGCUGGAGUCCCACCGCAUUGAGGACGACCAGAUCCUGGCCUCCUCCAUGCUGCGCCACGGGCUGGGCGCGCAGCGCGGGCGCCUCAACAUGCAGGCGGGCGCCAACGAGGACGAUUUCUUCGAUGGCGCGUGGUGUGCCGAGGACGACAGCCGGGCGCACUGGCUGGAGGUGGACACGCGCCGCACCACCAAGUUCACCGGCGUCAUCACGCAAGGACGCGACUCCCAGAUCCACGAGGACUUUGUCACCAAAUUCUACGUGGGCUUCAGCAACGACAGCCAGAGCUGGACGAUGUACACCAACGGCUACGAGGAGAUGAUGUUUUACGGCAACGUGGACAAGGACACGCCGGUGCUGACCGAGUUCCCCGAGCCGGUGGUGGCGCGCUACAUCCGCAUCUACCCACAGACGUGGAACGGGAGCCUCUGCCUGCGCCUGGAGGUCCUGGGCUGUCCCCUCUCCACCAUCAGCAGCUACUACAGCCAGCAGAACGAGGUGACGUCCGCCGACAACCUGGAUUUCCGCCACCACAGCUACAAGGACAUGAGGCAGCUCAUGAAGGUGGUGAAUGAGGAGUGCCCGACCAUCACCCGCAUCUACAACAUCGGCAAGAGCUCGCGGGGGCUGAAGAUCUACGCCAUGGAGAUCUCCGACAACCCCGGCGAGCACGAGACGGGCGAGCCCGAGUUCAGGUACACGGCGGGGCUGCACGGGAACGAGGUGCUGGGCCGGGAGCUGCUGCUGCUGCUGAUGCAGUUCCUCUGCAAGGAGUACCAAGACGGCAACCCCCGCGUGCGGAGCCUGGUGACCGAAACCCGCAUCCACCUCGUGCCCUCCCUCAACCCCGACGGCUACGAGCUGGCCCGCGAGGCGGGCUCCGAGCUGGGCAACUGGGCGCUGGGCCACUGGACGGAGGAGGGCUACGACCUCUUUGAGAACUUCCCCGACCUGGCCUCGCCACUGUGGGCGGCCGAGGAGCGGAAGCUGGUGCCGCACCGCUUCCCCAGCCACCACAUCCCCAUCCCGCAGCACUACCUGGAGGAGGACGCCACGGUGGCGGUGGAGACGCGGGCCAUCAUGGCCUGGAUGGAGAAGAACCCCUUCGUGCUGGGAGCCAACCUGCAGGGCGGGGAGAAGCUGGUGUCCUACCCCUUCGACGCGGCCCGGCCCCCCAGCGAGACGCCGGCUGCCCCGCGCCCGCCGGACGACUACGAGGACGACAACCCCGAGGUGCACGAGACGCCCGACCACGCCAUCUUCCGCUGGCUCGCCAUCUCCUACGCCUCGGCCCACCUCACCAUGACCGAGACCUUCCGCGGGGGCUGCCACACGCAGGACAUGACCGACUCCAUGGGCAUCGUGCAGGGGGCCAAGUGGCACCCCCGGGCCGGCAGCAUGAACGACUUCAGCUACCUGCACACCAACUGCCUGGAGCUCUCCGUCUACCUGGGCUGCGACAAGUUCCCGCACGAGAGCGAGCUGCAGCAGGAGUGGGAGAACAACAAGGAGUCGCUGCUCACCUUCAUGGAGCAGGUUCACCGGGGCAUCAAGGGCCUGGUGACGGACCAGCAGGGAGAGCCCAUCGCCAACGCCACCAUCGUCGUGGGGGGCAUCAAGCACAACGUCAAGACAGCCAGCGGCGGGGACUACUGGCGCAUCCUGAACCCGGGCGAGUACCGCGUGUCGGCCCGGGCCGAGGGCUACAACCCCAGCGUCAAGACCUGCAGCGUCUUCUACGACAUCGGGGCCACCCAGUGCAACUUCGUGCUGUCGCGCUCCAACUGGAAGCGCAUCCGUGAGAUCAUGGCCAUGAACGGGAACCGACCCAUCCGCCGCAUCGUGCCCGGGCGCCCCAUGACGCCCCGCGAGCGCCUGCGGCUGCGCCAGCGCCUGCGGCACCGCAUGCGGCUCCGGCAGCAGAUGAGGCUGCGGCGCCUCAACACCACCACCACCGCCCACAGCCCCACGGCCCCCCCGGCGCCCACCACGGCCCUGCCCAGCCCCUUCAGCAGCACCACCUACGCGCCCUGGAGCCAGGAGCCUCCUACCGCCGGCACCUGGGAGAUGGAGACCGAAACGGAGGUGGUGACCGAGCUGGUGACGGAGACGGAGGCUUGGGAGGUGGGCACGGGGACGGAGCAGCCCUUCACCACGGCCGAGACCUACACCGUGAACUUUGGCGACUAGGGGACACCCGUUCCCUCGCUCCUGCCUCCAGGCGCUCGCGCUUGGUUGAGUUUUGCCCGCUGCAGGCGCCGUCACCUGCUUCCGCAGCGCUCCUCGCCCGCGCCGGGCAGGCUGCAGCUCCCACCCGCCUCGCUUGCCAGGACCACGGCCACGCCACCCCGACGCCUGCCCUGAAGGCCGGCAGCUGCAGCACAUCCCCCGGGCUGGGCUCAGGCGAGGACGCACGGCCCCGUCCCCAGGGACCCGGCGGUGCCACCGCGGCCGGGCGAGAAGGACGCAGCCUGGGUCCCCGGCACCGCGGCUCGGCCGGGGCUGUCGCGCUCCCCAGGGCAGGGCCCUCGCGGCGCCGGCCCCAGUCCCCUCCACGCGGUUUUGUUACACGAAUAAACCAAGCUGUAUUGGUA